UGGGUUAUGGAUGGGUACAGCAGUAACGUGCCGGCUUUCCUCACCAAGCUCUGGACUUUGGUGGAAGAUCCGGAGACUAAUGAUCUGAUCUGCUGGAGUGCGAGCGGGACCAGUUUCCAUGUCUUUGACCAGGGCAGAUUUGCUAAGGAGGUGCUGCCCAAAUACUUCAAGCACAACAAUAUGGCAAGCUUUGUGCGGCAGUUAAACAUGUAUGGUUUCCGUAAAGUAGUGAACAUAGAACAGAGUGGCUUGGUGAAGCCAGAACGAGAUGACACUGAAUUCCAGCACCUAUACUUCCUGCGGGGCCAGGAGCAUCUGCUGGAGCACAUCAAGAGAAAGGUGUCGGUCGUGAAGAAUGAAGAAACAAAGAUGAGGCAGGAAGAUGUCAGCAAGCUGUUGUACGACAUGCAGCUGAUGAGAGGUCACCAAGAGAGCAUGGAUUGCCGACUAAAGGACAUGAAACAUCAGAAUGAAGUGUUGUGGCGAGAAGUCAUCUCUCUUCGACAGAAACAUACCCAGCAACAGAAGGUGAUCAACAAGCUGAUUCAGUUCCUGCUCAGCCAGCUCCAAUCGAACCACAACAGCAUCGGGCUGAAGAGAAAGCUACCUCUCAUGUUGGAUGAUGGCAGUUCUGUUCCUUCUGAACCAAAGUAUAGCAGGCAUCUAUCAAUAGAACCCCUACAGGAUACCUACUUCAUCCAGUCGCCAUCAACAGAAGCCGCCUCCUGUUCCAAUAACUUUUCCAAAAAUCCUGUCCCUGGUGGGCCAAUCAUAUCAGAUGUUACAGAGCUGCCGCCUCCAAAUAGUGCCACUGUUCAGGCAGGAACAGAGGAACAGAGGGAGAAAUGCCUGAUGGUAAUUAAGGAGGAACCAGCUAGCCCUGGGGUUGGAGUUCGAGUCCAAGCAGACGGAAUGGUUCCAGGCAACUCAUGCGGUGCAUGUAUGGAGCCACCUGUAUUGCCAAUAUCAGUCGUAGAGUCUGUCCUGGAGGGCAGGUCCCCCUGCAUUGCAGCGGACAACACAGAUAGGAGGGGGAGGAGGAUUGCUUUAGAAAGGACUGAACUGCCUAACCACAUGGAGAACAUUGAGAUGAGCCUGGAUGGUUUGCAUUCCCUGCUCGGAGGCCAGCAAUAUAGCCUGGAGCACUCCACCAUCAUGGACAUCUUUAACCCGAAUCUUCCUCUCAAUGAACUGAAUCUAACUGACAUGGAGGCAAACCUUGCAUCGAUUCAGAAACUGAUAGUGGACCCAGAGAUGAGAUCGAUCGAACCGUCCAACAAAGCCCUGAAAACAGGAGCUAGCUCAGGAAAGCCACUCCUUCAGGAAACUCCACAGCAUCUCCUCCCAGAGCCCCAUCUUUCUAUCAGUCACGAACUCUCCAACCUGGACCAUGACACAGCUCUGUAUGAGCUCACAGAGGGCACAGGUGCCUAUUUUCCAGAUCCUGAAGUGGGACAGGAGGAAUUCUAAGACUGGAUCAAAGUACCAGGACCUGCAAGGCCUGAUCAUCAUAACCCUGGCACCAGCUGAUACAUCUGCAUGAAGUAGAUGUCCUUCCAGAAGUGGCUUUUGGAGGAUCCUGUGUAUUUUCGAAAUUCUGGAGUUCCACUGAUCUGGGCAGGGGCUGGUGGUGGCUCGACAGUACUGCAUGAAGGGACGCACUUUCUUUUUUAUAUACAUAAAUAUGGCUUUCUUUAUUACCCGGGUAAUGUGCUGCUAUUCCAAGAGACUGAAAAUGAAUUCUUGCACUUCUACAGGCUGGGAAAUGUAGAUACUGCUGGUAUCUACUCCUCAGUUGGCCAGGGUUUCCCUCAAAUUCUCCAGCCGUUCAGCUGGAGAAGCGGAGCCUCCAGGUGCUGUACUCCAGCACACUGAUCUCGUCCACAAUCUUUCUUUUGCCUUGUGUGUAAUUUGAACUUGAUAAGGGUCUGUUUCAUGAAUCCUUGUUUGUGUGUUUUCCAUUUUAAAUAUGGACAAAGAGCGGAAAUAAUUUCUGUCUGUGUAUAUUUACGGCACAUUACUAAAAGCAGUUUUUUUCUUUACCAUUCUAUCAAGACCUUGUGCUGGAUUUGACAGGGUUGGGUUUGAUGUAUUGAUAUUGCACUUGGAUUAUUUUUGACCAUGCUUGUGAUAAAACUUUACACAUUCAAUAAAAGUUGUAGCG